AUAUUUUCAAGUCACUGUGUGUUUUGCGUGUACUGUGUUUUUCUUUCUUGACACCAUAAACUCCAUAAAUUUCAACUACAAUAGAUCUGAAAAUUCAAUUAUUUUCUUUUCAAUGACUAGCAAAGGAGGAGGAAAAAACAAGAUGGUAGAAAAUUUAAAGGAAAUAGUAAAGAAUUUUAGUGAAGAUGAGAUAUAUGCUAUGCUUAAAGAAUGUAAUAUGGAUCCUAAUGAAGCUGUUAAUAAGCUUCUUGCUCAAGAUCCUUUUCAUGAGGUGAAGAGCAAACGAGAAAAGAGAAAAGAGACUAAGGAUACAACUGAAUCUAGGUCUUGGAUCACGAGUAGCACUCCAAGUCGUGGCAGUAGGGCUGGUGGGGAACGAUAUGUUGGGCGUGGUGGAUCAGAGUCUACCAAGCCCGCUCCUGCAUACAGGAAGGAGAGUGGAUCGCAAACAAACAAUUUCUCUUCAACCCCUCUAAUUGCAGGAAGUAACACAGAUAGGAAACCAACUGCCGUCAGUGAUGCUGCUGGAAAUGACAGUAAAAGAUUGGCAGCAGCAGCAGUUGAUGGCCAUUCAGCUGCUUCCCAGCCUUCUUCUGGAUAUCAACCUACUUGGGGUGGGGUGCCAGGCCAAGUAUCAAUGGCUGAUAUUGUGAAGAUGGGUAGGCCGCAGAGUAAAGUGUCUAGUAUACCCAAUAUAUCUCACCGUACUGUUGGCGUCAACCAAAACCAUGAUCAGGCACCACCUCCUUAUGGUGCAUCACAUCAUAAUAUGCAGUUAUCUGAUGAUCAUUUGAAGGUUCCUGAGGUACAUCAGGAACCAAGGGAUUAUUCAUCUCAGGAUCUUUCAGCGAAUGAUGAGUGGCCUUCAAUUGAGCAGCCAUCAGCUGCUAGCCAGCCUUCUGUCUCGGAGCCUCCCACUAAUUCCGUGCUGCAUCCGGAUCCGUCUAACACGUCUUUUGACAGAAUUGAUAAUCAAACUCAGACGGACGAGUCUGAAGAGGCAGAUGACAGUGCUAAUGAAGAUCUUGGUAAUUCUUUUUCCAGUAGAAAGUUUCAGGAGGAUAAUGCUGAUAGUGCUUCUCUGUAUGACAAUGACCCCUACAGAUAUCAGCACCAGAAUCACACUUUUGACCAUCCACAAGUUGAAGAUGUUAAUGCCUCAGUUUCAUCAGUUGCUGCGAACUUGCAGCAACUAAAUGUAAAGGAUGAUCGGGGUUUGCCAUCUGAUGGGAAUUGUCCGUCCCUUGUGUUUCCAGACCAUCUUCAAGUUCAAGCAGCUGACUGUUCACACCUAAGUUUUGGUAGCUUUACUGGUGUGUCAUUUUCUGGAUCACUGGCCGCUGCCCCUGUGAAAACUACCUUGGAAGAUGCUUCUACAGAAGCAGAUAGUUCUUCAGUUGCGCACUUGGGCACCAGGGCCGCUGAAUACUAUGGCGAUGAUACUCUCAGAAAUGAGUCCGAUAAUAAAUUAUUCCCAAGAACUAAUGCAAAUUCUGGAAAUUAUGAAUUGCCUGUGGCUUCACAACCAGAAUCGCCAAAGGCAGAAACUUGUGAUGGGCAUUACUCAUAUCCGUCCUCUGCUGCUGGCUAUUCCUAUGAAAGUGCUCAACAAUUAAAUUCAGCAUUUAGUCAGCCACAGACGAGUUCUCAUAUGCAAAAUCUUGCUCCUUUUCCAAAUGAGGCGGUCUACACAAAUUCCUUGCAGAGUAACUUGUUGGCUGCUAACAUUCACCCUGGUCGAGAGUCUGAGCUUUCAUAUUCUCCUUUUUCAACAACACAAGCAAUGCCCACAAAAUUUGGCAACUCAAUGUCAUCAAUCAGUGGUUCAACCAUUUCCAUGCCUGAG